AUGUCCAGCAGCAACCCGCCCCAGCCAAUCCGUGUCUGGCUAACGCCGCCUGGGCCCAACCCAUGGAAAGUGAUCUUUCUAUUGGAAGAGCUUGGUCUCAACUUCGAGAUCAAAUCCUUCAGCUUCGCCGACGUGAAGAAGAAGCCUUUCAUCGAUGUCAACCCUAAUGGCCGUGUCCCGGCCAUUGAGGACCCCAAUACGGGUAUCACUCUCUGGGAGUCUGGCGCCAUCUACCAAUACAUUAUCGAGCUGUAUGAUACCGAGCGCCGUCACCUGUCAUACGAGGGUGUCAAGGAGCGCCACCUAUGCUCCCAAUAUUUGCACUUUCAGAUGAGUGGUCAAGGCCCUUAUUACGGCCAGGCCGGCUGGUUUCAGCACCUUCACGUGGAAAAAAUACAGUCUGCUAUUGACCGCUACCUUGGCGAGAUCAGGCGCGUCAUUCAGGUACUUGAGGGCAUUUUGGCUGCCAAGGGGGAUGGCGAGCAGUGGCUGGUUGGCGAUAAGAUGACCUACGCCGAUAUGGCCUUUGUGCCGUGGAACUUCCGACUCAGCGAGGUCUUCAAUGCACCCUGGGAUGAGGUAUGGGAGGGCGCCCCCCACGUCCGCGCAUGGCACGAGCGCAUGGUUGCCCUUCCCUCUUGGAAGCGUGCCAUGGAGACCCGUGCCGUGCUCAUGGACGAGCAGGGACUGCAGUGGAACGGUGUCCCUAAGGGUAUUGAGACCUUCAAUGACUACGAGAAGCAACUUGCGGCAAAGGAUGAGGGGGAGAAAGCCAAGGCGCAGUAG